AACGAACGUUUGAACCAGCUCGAGACGUCGUUGUCCUCGCAUCAUUCUUAAUAAAAAAGAUGCUUCGUCGUCUGAGUGAGCAUCCGAAGGCUUCGUGGAUCACUCUAACAGCUUCAAGGGAAAAGGACCCAAGUCACCAAACGAGCAGCGUUCUACUAUCAGUAGUACCGUAGCGCAAGCAUCAUGUCAGAAGCGCAGACGAUGUCAAGCGGAGCCGAAGAUUCCCUUGGCUAUGGCGACGAGCCCACAGUGCGGCAAAACGUUUGUGCGUUUCGAGAGUCUCAUGAAAAGGAAAACAUCAAGGGGACGGGUCGCAGCUCAUUCGACAGCCAAGUAGUGAUCUCUACAAUGCGCCAAAGUGUGUCGCCAUUGUCCCAGUUCACUCCUUCGAGUAACUUGAAGGAACAGAGGCGAGAGGAACGUCAAGAAAGUGUGGAAACCGCCGCGGACGACAACAGCUCGUCUCGUGCAUUCGAGCAUAAUUGCGACGAAGUGGCUUUGGCCGAAACAACCAAGUGUGAGGACAGCAACAGCACUCCCUUGACCUCGACUUUCAACGCGUUUUCUGGGUUUCACGGAUUCGACUGUCAAGGAGAGGAGCUUGUCGGUGCCACACCAACGUUCGUUUCACCUCGUGAUUCGGACAGCUUCGAUUGGCGCAAUGAAAUCUCUCCAUUGGUACCUUCCAAGUACAACAAACCGACUCGUCGCAGCUCCAUUUUGUUUCGGCCGCAUCGGCACACCUUUGCCCAGAGCCCCUUUCAGAGCCCUCCGUUGGCUUCCUUGCGUGUUUCCAGCAACGAAACGACAAACAAGGCCAACUCGCCCAACAGUAUAGCCGCGACACCUGUUGAGCGGCAAACGACUACUGGAAUCGACACGUGUGAACAUGACAAUUGGCAAAGUUCUGCGAGUACGGCUUUCCUAGUCCCAUCUAUUAGUCCUGGCAUCCCUCGAUCCUCUCAACCAAACGGCUCGCUACGAGACGUCAUCACUCGUCUCCCUGGGUUGGGCCCAAUCAGCGAGGCUGAGAGUGGUAAAGCUACGGACGGCCCCAAUGGUCACGGUACCUCGUACGAGAUACUUCUCCAGGAGAAUCACAAGCUACGAAAUCGUCUCCUCCUCAAAUCAAAGAGCUAUGAGAAAGGGAUUCUUCCGUUUAGAAACUUAUUUGAAAUGCUGCCAAAACUGAGGAGCGAGAUCGAAGCUCUCAAGGAAGAAAACGCGAAGCUGCGAGAAGAGAAGGAUGAUGAGGUGGUAAAAACCAUAGCAGAGCUGCAAAUGCAGAUGACAAAUGCCAUGCGCUUGGCCAUUGAAAAGACUGAUCGUCUUGAGAAGGAACUUGAGUUGUGCAGGGCCAAGAGUGCAAAACUCGAAGAGAAGAUUUCAGCUGCUCACGCAGGAGCUCACAACACUGCACCCAACUAGCUAGGUCCGCAAAAACUGGAAUGGUUCAAUCUUGCAAGGCUCACAAGGGAGCAAGAGUCAGAGAGGACACUUGUUGUCUUGAAUGAAUCUUGCGAAACUCUUUUGUGUGCUGUGCACCCAAGCAACGUUGACAUUGCUUCAGUAGAGCUGUAACCUAGCUAGAUACUGUCCUCUGUCCACUGGUUGUACCAGUCGUCCUCUUCAUCAUCUUCGUCGUCUUCUUUCAUGU